UUAGAAGUUGGAGUGUAAGUGACAUGGAGUCGUCGUUGUGGCUCGCUUUGCUGACUUUUCUUUGGACCGCGAGUGCCAAUCCUUUGGUGGGUCUUUUCGAUCCCGCCUGCAAAGUAGUUCAAGGGGAAUGUCCUCAUGAAAAUGUGUCCUUCUGGCUGUACUCCAACUCAACCCGAGAAAACCCGAUUCUGCUGAACCCUCUCGAUCUCAAUCCCUGGGACUUCCAGCCGCCACGCCCCCUCAAGAUACUCAUCCAUGGCUACACAGGAUACCGAGAUUUUGCACCAAACUCCUUUAUACGCCCCGUACUCCUGGACCACGAGGAUGUCUAUGUUAUUUCCAUUGAUUACGGCCCACUAGUUCGAUAUCCAUGCUACAUUCAGGCGGUACAAAAUGUUCCCCUAGUAAGUCGAUGCAUGGCCCAGUUGAUCAACAACCUGGUGGAUCGAAGAAUUGUGUCAAAUGACCAAAUCCACUUAAUUGGAUUCAGUUUGGGUGGUCAGGUUGCCGGUCAGACGGCCAAUUACGUAAAAAAGAAACUCAAGAGGAUUACGGGCCUAGAUCCUGCAAAGCCGCUGUUCAUCAUAGGUCCAAACACGAGGAGAUUGGACGCCGGAGAUGCCGAGUUUGUGGACGUCAUCCAUUCGGAUGCUUUCGGUCGUGGAGUACUCCGAACGACUGGCCAUGUGGAUUUCUUUCCUAACUUUGGGGCCCAACAGCCCGGAUGCAUGGAGGAGAAUAUGCAGGAUCCUGGUAGCUGUAAUCAUGAAAGAGCUCCUCGAUUUUAUGCCGAGUCUAUUAAUUCCACCGUGGGUUUCUGGGGACGGCUCUGUUCUGGCUGGUUGGUCUAUCUUCUUGGACUCUGUCCCACAACAGGACCUCAAGCGCUAAUGGGCUACCAUGUUUCAGAGGAUCUGAGGGGUUCUUACUUUCUUAAAACCGGAAGUAAGCCACCUUUUGCUCUAGGAAAACAAGAUGAUGUCGAUAAUAGGCAGACCCUGGCCAAAUUCCAUCUGAAUUAUGAGCAAAAUGAAAUCGACGAUGACUAUGAACCACAGUUGUUGGAGGCAUUCAUAGAACUUGAGGCGCUUAAUGUUGUUGUGAAAAAGGAGGAGGAUGAUUUGGACAAGCAGUUGGACUGGAUCGAACGCGAAGAAGACCAGCCCUUGACCAGAAAUCUGUUUAAGAAGGGGCUUAGUUCGAGAACUAUUAAAUAAAAAUUAAAUUGAUAAGAUAAUUAGCUAAAAUAAAAAAUUGGUCAAAUUUA